AUGGGAUGUGGCACCUCCAUUGCUACGGAGACGCAAAGGAACAGAGUGGAGACAGAUGGCAUAGUUAAGACUCCCAGCCCGGCUCUGACUAUGAAGGCAGCUGUAUUGAUCCAGCGUUGGUACCGGCGCUACAUGGCCCGUCUGGAGAUGAGGCGCAGGUACACCUGGAACAUCUUCCAGUCCAUUGAAUACGCCGGCGAACAGGACCAGCUACAGCUCUCCAGUUUCUUCAGUUUCAUGCUGGACAACUUCACUCACCUGAAUGGAAAUGGACCAGACCUGAUCUCCCAGCUGCUGGACCCAGUGGUCAACCCCUGGUUAGACAGAGAGACCUGCUAUAACUUGAUCCCUGUUCCAGAGUCGUACACCGGACCCCGGCUAUCGUUCCCUCUCUCCGUCUCUGAUACGAACGCUCUCCUCUGUGCGUUUAAGGAGCAGCAGACUCUGCAUGCCAGAUAUGUUCUGCAGCUGCUUUACGAGACCAAAAAGCUCCUCAAGCAGAUGCCCAACAUCAUCCACUUGUCAACAUCCUACACCAAAGAAAUCACUAUAUGUGGUGAUCUGCACGGGCGGCUUGACGACUUACUCCUCAUAUUUUAUAAGAACGGCCUUCCCUCUGCGGAGACGCCAUAUGUGUUUAAUGGGGACUUUGUGGACCGAGGGAAAAAGUCAGUUGAAGUGGUCACGCUCCUGUUCGCCUACCUUCUGCUUUACCCCGACAACAUGCACCUGAACCGAGGGAACCAUGAAGACCACAUAAUGAACCUCAGAUAUGGGUUCACAAAGGAAGUCAUGCAGAAGUACAAGACCCACGGCCGCGAGAUCCUUCAGCUGUUUCAGGAUGUUUUCAGCCUUCUGCCCAUUGCGACAGUCAUUGACGGUAAGAUCCUGAUCGUUCACGGUGGGAUUUCAGACCAGACCGACCUGGACUACCUCAGCACCAUAGAGAGGCACAAGGUGAAAUCUGCACUGAGGUUUCCCAGACGCAGUUUGGAGCAGCUGGACCUCGGUCAGUCCAGCAGACAGAUGAAAAGGAUGAGAUCGAGCGACGGCUCUCGCCCCAGCAGCAGUCGCAGCUUCAGCAAGAACCAAACAACCCAGAACCAGAGAAAGAGGCGAUGCAGGCUCACCCGACAAGACAGCAACGUCUCCACUUCCUCCUCCUCGUCCUCAUCGUCCUCGUCUUCCUCUUCUCUCUGCUCUCCCCGAACUCUGUCCUGCCUCACGCCUCGUGCGUGCCCGUCUUCUCCAAGCAUGCCUCACAAUAUCAAUGUCGUCCAAGUGCCUUUCCUGGACUCCCUGUCCUCUGUUCCCCCUCCUUCACCUCCACAACAUGAACGGGAAUGGAAACAGAUAGUGGAUAUAUUGUGGAGUGACCCUAAAACCCAAGAGGGCUGCAGUCCCAACACAUUCAGAGGUGGAGGCUGCUACUUCGGCCCGGACGUCACCCGCAGACUGCUGCUCCAACACGGACUCCAGCUCCUCAUCAGGUCCCAUGAGUGCAAACAGGAGGGAUAUGAGCUGUGUCACGGUGGACAGGUGAUCACCAUUUUCUCAGCGUCGAACUAUUACGAGGAGGGAAGCAACCGUGGAGCGUACAUCAAAGUGGGCAGAGAACUGGUUCCCCGCUUCUACCAGUACCAAGUCAGCCGCACAACACGCAAGCUCACCCUGACUCAGAGAGUGCGAGCUGCUGAAGGCACCGCUCUCAGGGCCCUGAAGGAGAAGCUGUUUACCCAUCGUUCUGAGCUGAUGUCGGGCUUCCAGCAGUACGACCAGUACAACACUGGUUGUGUGUCAGUCAGUGAAUGGGCUCAGGUGUUGGAGUCUGUACUGAGGCUGGAGCUGCCCUGGAGGACACUGCGUCUGCACUUAGCCCGUCUGGCACCAGAUGGCAGUGUGGAGUAUCAGUCCUGCUUUGAGGAUAUGGAACCAGGGAUUCCUCUGUCUCAGGUCACUCCAAACUUGGCUGAAACUCUGUUCAGAUACAGGACAGACAUUGAGAUAAUAUUCAACAUUAUAGACAAAGACCAUUCAGGUCUGAUCUCUAUUGAGGAGUUUCGUCACACCUGGCGUCUCUUCAGCGCCCACCUGGGCGUUGAUAUUGACGACAGAGCCAUCGAUGACCUGGCCCGAAGUAUCGACUUCAACAAGGAUGGCAGUAUAGACUUCACUGAGUUUCUGGAGGCCUUCAGAGUGGUACACAAACUAGACAACAAGGAUCAACAAGUCAACGGAAAGAUGGAUGGAGAGAAGUAUUCUUGA